AUGAAUCAAUAUGAUCUGCAUCUUUUGGAUUUACCGAAUGAGAUAAUAUUUAUUAUUUUGAAUAAACUCAAUAAUCGGGACGUUCUUUACUCUCUACUUGGUAUCGACAACAGUCAACGACUUCAUAUUAUAGCACAAGAUAAAAUCGUCACAAAUAUUCUUAAUUUCGUUUCCAUAUCAUCAACUAGUGAUAUUUCUUCAAUUUCCAAUCGAAAACUUGAUAGAUUUUGUAAUGAAAUAUUACCUCAAAUUCAUCGUAGUGUAAACUGUCUCGUUCCUGAAUCAGUUUCCAUAGAACGAAUUCUUCUUGCUGCUGAAUAUCCUAAUCUUACUCAACUUAGAAUUUUCAAUGUCAAAGAAGAAAUCGUGUCACGUUACUUCAAAGGUAAUGAAUUGACAUAUGCCGAUCUUUGUUUGAAAACUCAAAUAAAAAGCGUAUUAAAAUUCGACGUGUUUUGCUUUCCUUAG